AUGGCGGAUGGCUCAACAGAGCUUGACGUAAAUCUAGAAGUACUGUUCUCAAUUUCAGAGCAAGAGUCGUCCGCAGCCUGUUACCAGCCGGAUGAACAUUCUGAGAAAGGAAAUCGACCAAAAGCUGUGGACUUCAAGCUUACUUCAGAGAAUUGUUUCUUGUGUGAACUUGAGCAUAAUAGUCCAGAAUUUGGACCUUACUGCGCUGUUUGUCACGACUUCUUGUAUCCAAAUGCACCACUUGUGCUCGGAACAGAAACUGAGGACUCACAUUUAGCGGCUUCUUGCGAAAGUGUAUCAUCACAAUCAGCAACAUGUGAUAGUAGUGAAACAAUAAUCAGUUCCGGAGGAAGCGCAGAAUCGGAAGAUCCUGAGGAUAGUGGGUGCGAAAGUGAAAACGAAACGAAACUGUCACCGGAAAACAGCGAACGUCCUUUAAACCCUUCCUCGAUGUCACUAAGUAAACUACCAUAUUUAUCACUUUAUGAACAUAUUAGACCACAGAACUUCAUCGCAGAGCGGCUUGCGAAUGAGCUGAGUUUUGUCGAGGAAGAUUUGUUUGGAAAGUUACCUCCUGAAAGUGAGUUGUUUUGUUUUGUUUUGCGGAGUUAAAUAUCUUUUGUUGCGAUUAUUUUGUGCUAUGCGACACAAGAGGCAUUGUUUUACUGCCUUUGAUUUUGCAAAAUUAAGUGAAAGUUUCUCACUUUUUAGUAAAAACCGCUACAUUUUUAACAUUUAUACAUCUAGGUGGAAUACACAAGGGACUGAGUUUCUAAAGAAAACUGUUGUGAGGGCUUUAAAAGAUAAUUUCGUUUUAUCAACUGAGUUGACCACUGUAGAAUCACAAUUGGAAGACCUACAAGUCCCAAGCAACUUUAUUGAAACCCUAGGAUUGAAUUAUUAGUCUACGUUUAAGAAUAGGGGGUAGCUGUCAUACAACAACCUGUUGUUGGGAUUGAUAACUUGUUGUUGCAAGUUUUAUAAUAGUAUUAGGACUGAGUGGAGUCUAAUUUGGUCUGCAGUCAUACUGGUGAUUAACAAAAUCAGACAUCUGUGAAGCGGGAAUCCUGUUUGUUAAUCAUGAGUAUGAUACAAACAGAAUUGGAACAUACAAAGUCCUGCUACUGAUUAAUCAAAACUGUGACAAAAUUCAAGAAAGAAAUUAGUCAUUGGUUGUACAUUUUCAUGAAAAAAAAAAAAAAGUGCUCAAAUUGGGUUGGUGAUAACCAAUCACCAUUGAGAAUUUUGUUAUAGUUUUGAUUUAGAGGAGGACCUGUUAGGAGAGGGCAUCUGUUUUGAAGGACAAGGAUGCUUGUUGUCCUCUCAGGGUUUGCAAAUGGGUGAUUUGAUUAUGCCAGGGGUGUCCAAUCUAAUUCCCAGAGCCUCUAGUUAUCCAGGUCAUGGGGAGAAGAUUGGAAUAUCCCAUGAAUUGGAUGCAAAGAGAUGAUACCUGCCCCAAAGCCUUGCAUACAUCAAACAGAAAGAAAAUCUUCAACAUUGAAUCAUAUAAAAUCAAUUUUUAAGUGGUAUUUGUUAUGUUGAGCCUAAGCUCUUUUCCUUUUACAAGAAUCUCUAUCCCUCUUUUAAGAACACAAGAUUAGGGAUGUAUUGUCAUUGUCCUGUAAAUGCAGCUUAUUUUGGAAGGAAUUGACACAUGGUGGCUCCUUGUAGAGAUCCAUCAGUGUAACUUGUCUCCUUGUGAGUCCCAUCAUUUCAACAUUUGUUAUAAAUCAUAUGGACUGCAGAUAAGCAUUUUUAACAUGAACUGUAAUUACAAUAUAUAUCUGCAGGAUUGCCACAUCAUUGGAAAGUGCUAUCCAUAAUUUGAACAAUGAAGGAAAAGCUUUGUAAACUGUUUUCCUUUUUGUUCCAGUGCUGCUGAUAAUAUUUUCCUUUUUGGAUGAUAUAUCUUUAUGUAUGGUGGGGCAAGUCUGUCAAUGGUGGCAGGAACUGGCUGGGGAACGUAAUGAAUGGGAGAAACAUGUUCGCACCAGAUGGCCAUUGUUGUCAUGUGACAAACAGAGUUCUGUCAAAUCUUGGCAGAAACUCUACAUGAAGCUGUAAGUGAUUUGAAAUGAGAUGCAUCUUGACCAAAAGGUUUUUAAGUAUGAAUUUUUUUUACCAGAGGUAUAGGAGUAACAUGAAUUUUAAAACUGAAGCUGAGUGCAUAGUGACCUAUGCAGCAAGGGCUUGUGAAAAUAAUAUAGGAAAAAGGAAAACAAACCAGAAAAAAGAUUUUGUACUUUAACCCUGAUGAUUUCAUGCCAGGGAGAAGUAGAAAAAAGAACACAACUUACUUUGGAUAUCAAAUUAAGAUAAUGACUUUAACUAAUCAUAAAAACACAUGAUUAAAGUGACAAGAAACAAAUCCUGUAGCUGGUUGCACAAAGAGUAAUGUAUAUUUAUUAUGGAAUCUACUCUCUUCCUGCACUUGAUUUAUUUGAUUAUCAUUUUCAUCCUUCAUAGAGUUAUUUCAAUGAUAAUAUCACUUUCUUUUGACAUUCCAGGUUACAAAGUGUUGCUUGUAGAAGGUGUUUUGAACAGGGAUGUGUUCAGGUGAGUUUUGUUGUCAUUAAGGGGCUGAUUAUGUUAAGCAAGGCCUUUGGCAUGAUGACAUGAAAAGCACUGGUAUUGAGCAUCAUACCAGGUUCUCAUCUAGUCAUGUUUCCCUGACUUGUGAUGUAUUUGAAAGGCUCCAGUCAGGUGUUAGCAUUGGAGGACAAUAUAUUUAGGAUCUUCUUCCCUUAAAAUUAUUAGAAAAUUGCACAACCAUUGGAUGAGGUUGAGCAAAAUAUAGCUGAUUAAUUACAGUAUCUAGGAAAUUUUACAGACUGCUGUUGACCAUUCAUUGAAAUGUAUCACAAAUUGUUAUCAAUUUUAUUGCAGCAUUCUCCAGAAGAUAACCUCAUAAACUCAUGGAGGAAUAAAAGGUUGAAAAGUGAACUGAGAGGAAUUCUUAUGGAUCCUCCAGAGGGCAUCAGGGCACGCCCAUUAGACAACAGUUUAUCAUAUUGGCAAGCAUCAAUAAAGGGUCCACCUAACUGUCCUUAUGAAGGAGGCCUUUUCUUCCUUCACUUGGAAAUACCAAAGAGUUAUCCAAUGAGGCCACCAAUUCCCAGAUUCAUCACAAAAAUUUUUCAUCCAAACAUUAGUUACCAUGGUGACAUAGGAGUGGAUAUGCUUGGACAAAACUGGAGUCUUGCAUUGACUAUUCCAAAGGUCCUAGUCAGUAUACAGUCUCUCCUGACAGAUCCUAAUUGUCAUAUAUGCAUGGAGUCUGACAUUGCUCAGUUAUAUGAGAAUGACAGAGAACAGUUUGACAGAGUAGCAAAGGAAUGGACCAUCAAAUAUGCACAGCUGCAUAUGUCUUGUUGACUUAACCCUUUAACCCCCAAGAUCUCAUUAGUAAUUCUCCUUACUAUCUGCUAUAUAGUUCUUGUGAUGUUAGUUUGGAGAAUUUGGUAUUGGAUCAACUAAUAAUCUCCCUAAUUGAUAUUUUUCUUUAUUCUCAUCACUUGUGUGCUUGAUAUUGUAUUGAUGUUGUCUUGAUACUGUAAGGAGAAAUUCUGGUCAUAUGGGAGUUAAAGGGUUAAAAGACAACAAUGCUCAGAUCUGUUGAGGAUUUGUUUUACCAAAUGAAUUUUUCUGAGGAGAGAGUAAGUAAACAUUUCAAGGUUGGCUUUUACAAAGCGAUUAGUGCUUUUUGUGUAGUAUUUCCAAAAUAAGUCACUACAAUUUAUUUUCUCACCCCAAUUUUGGACAUAAAUUCAAACUAGUUGGAUUUUAAGAGACCUUUUGAAGCUACAGAAUUCUCAUAGAGAGAAUUGUCCUUGUCACUUUAAGCUUAGUGUCACAUUGACCUGUCCUAGUUUCAGGUUUCAACCUCUUGGAACACAGCAUUCCCUGACUUACAGUCAAGUGUUUUAAAUUUUUAAAAUUCUUUUUAAGGAAAUUAAUUUGGACAGCCUUGUUUUUAAUCAAAGUUACAUUAAGUUUGAUGCACUGUAUUUAAAUGGGAAAUACUACAAAAAAAAUGUGCUUAGCGCAAGACUUUUUACUCUCUGUCUGCUAAAAGUUAAACAGAAUACUAUUUACUAUAACAAUAAUGCUUUUUAAUCAUCUCCCUCAAAAUCAGACAGCAAAUUCUCCCAUCAUACAAGCAUACAUUCUAUGAAAGGCUGUUUGAAAAGAACUGGUAUGAGGGAAAUAUCCUUGGGAUUGUAUCUCCUCACAAGUGUUAUAAAAUUGUGACAAUACUUUGUGAAAUUAUCACUCUGAGAGUGAAAGAGUUAAAUAGGGUGGUUUCUGUUGCAUUGAAGUCAGUCAAAAAGUGAGAUUUGAUUUUCUUAUUUAAAAGAAAGGGGAAACAUAUUUUAAUAAACAUUAGUUGAUAAUCAUACAUACAAAUGUACUUUAAAAGCAGUAACUCCAACAUUGCUUAUUGGAUUGGAGGCUGUAGACAGCCAUUUAGGUGUGUAGCACUGAUCUGGCUAUAAACAAGUUUGAGCUGAAUGAUUUUUCACUAAAUGCAAUCAAAAUUUUAUUGAACUUUGGUGCAUAUGAUACAGAC